AGCCAUAGAGGCACAUCUUGGGGUGAAUUGAACGUAACCAUCGUCCAUACAUCGAGAAGGAAGGAAUAAUAUAUUUUGAUAGAGGUUUCAAGGCGUGGAAAGUGCGUGAAGCAGCAACCACUCAUCCGGCCUGUACUACUCUGAGAAGCCAGGAGCUGGAGUUUGAAGGUGCAGAAGACUCGCUAUGGCGGUAAAUUUGGACAAGGAAGCGUACUACCGCCGAAUCAAGCGCUUAUAUAGCAAUUGGAAGGUAAACGGCACGAUAGAAACAAUUAUCUUUUUAAUAAAUGAGGGUAAAACUCGUAAAAUCAUUCUCUAGUUUAGAUGCUGGCGGAUAGCCGCGUUUUUGAAGUACGUGGUUGACUUUGUUUUCGGCAUGAGUGAGUGCAAUGUUGCUGUUGCACAGAAGCGCAAAAUGCACCCAACAAUGAGAGGAAGGCCUCACUUUGAUUAUAUAGGUAGACUUACAUGCAUGAAACACUAUUGUGGAUUUAAUACAUUCAGGAGAUCUUACAUAUCCUAAAACUAAUAUCUACAACAUUGCCACUUAUUCUGCAUUUUAUAUUAUCCACCAAGUCAGGCAGUUAUCUAUUCAUUAGCGUAGCUAGCUAGCCAGCCAGUCAAUUACCAGUAUCUGGCGCUGUGGCACAACCACGUUAGCUCGUUGCCAGUCUAGCCAGCUAGCUAACUAGAAAAUUAUGAAUUCAUAUUCUGGAUUGCACAUCUAAAAUUGGCACCAAAAUACAAUGUCAGAAAGUACCAUGUAAUGUUUUGACAAAUUGUUAUCUUCACUAACUAGUUGCUUCUUGUUCACAUGGCUAAUUAGCACCAGUAAGCAUGCUAACUAGCCAGCAACUAUCCAGGGCGGGCCUUAGGGGUCAUGGCCCGCCCUACCGUACUUCCUUGCCCAUCCAAAUAAAAUAUUUAAAUAUUGAUAAUUUAUUUGACUGAGACACUCGCUGACAGAAAGACACAUCAAUCUCAGAUAAAGCAUCUGAGUAGGCAGGGCAAACACGUUUUGGUGAUUUCUGGUAUCAUCAAAAUAAGUAAAUCACAGCCCAUUUUGGACUCAAUCAGCAGUUUUUGACCAGAUUUAAGUACAAUACCAUUGAACAUUAAUGUUGAAAGCUCCAUUUAUAUACCUUAUACCUAAGUUGAAAUCAAUAACUAUUAUGCAGAAACAGUUUGGUAUAUACCAUUUAAAAAACGAAAUAUACAUAAUAUCAUAUUACUUGUAUUUUUACUUUACAAGCACCUUAUAAACUACACAUGCACCAAAAACCCUGUAUUGACAAGUGGCAAUAAAUCACUAAUCAAUUAGGGGGAUAUGAGCUGUUGAAACUACCACAACUCCAAAACCACAUUGAAACUGGAGAUAUUUUUACAUCACUGGUUAGAGGACAACCUGCAGAACACAGUCAGCUACAUUUUGAUACAGGGGUCACCAAAACAGAAAGAGAAACGCAACACUUUUGUCAAUCACGUUGAAAUAAAUUGCGUGUGGGGGGAGAUGAGGUUGCGUGUCCUGUUUAAAACUAACACUGCUCAAAAACCACACAUAAUCUGGGAAUGUGUCAAGGGUCGCAUUAGCUUUCAGAAAUCUGCAUUUUCAAAACGGACCAUAAAAAACAUCUGCGUUUUAAACCAUUUCACCUGCUGUUUAUAUUGAAAGGCCACACUGUUUUCGUCAAUAGAGUGAUAAGGGACGUGCAACUAGAUUUUCAUCACACAAAAUAAAUAAAUGCAAAACUUUCAGCAGAAAAUAGCUUCGUUUUCAUCGGAUGACAGCAGAAGUGCAAUGCUAUUUGGCUAGCAGCCACACAAGUAAACGAGUUUACAAUGAAAGAGCAAGGUAUUUUUUGCAAAGACGAUGCAUGGCCAUCAGAUUGAUGUUUACCAUAGUAAGAAUGUAUCCAGCUACACUUACUAUUGUUUUGCUUGAAGUUAAUCUUGCAUUUUAACUUGCUAAAAUUACCGGAGAAAAGUAGCCUAACCAUCGCCUGUUCCUCUCUGCCAUCAUUCAGUCUGCUGAUCUAAUGCCUGUGGAAUUUGAUUGGUCUGAAGACAAGAACAAAUAUUUCUCACCCGAGUGGAGAAGUGCAACUGAAGCAUACAAUUAGUCUGAAGACGAGCAAAAAUAACAAUAGAAGCAUUUUCGAUCUGCGUCUACAAAACGCAGCACGAUUAAAACCGCAGAAUUCUGCGUUAACUCGACCUCUGACGUGUACAUCACUCGUUAGAGUACAAUUUGUAGAAAACAUGUAGCUACAUUUUGAAGUGUUGCAUUUUGAUUCAAGUGGGUCGCCAACGCGGUAAGUGUAACGCAGCACUUUUUUUGGUUAAUCGAUAUCACGCUGAAAUAGAACAGGGUGCAAACGUUUGGAGUGUAGCACUCUUUAAACUAACACUAUUCAAAGGCCACACGGAAGCUUGGAGUAGCCUAUGCACGGUUGGUUAGAUGACAACUUGUAGAAGGCUGCGUAUAUCUAUAUUUUGGAAUGGUGGAUGUUGAUUUCAGGAGGCUGGCAUCACAGAAAAGGGAACAAACCACUUUUUCUGUUAACUUCAAAGAAUCACGACCCGCCAUAGGAUAUCAACAGUGACAACAGUUGGCUUCUAUUUAAGUGAUAGUUUGACUGUCAAAUCAGUGUAUUUUAUAGAGCAUUGUAUUUCCUGCGACCCCCCCCCCCCCCCCCCAUCAACAUUACAAAACCAAAUAUAUUGAUCUGUUUUAAGCAAUUGAUUUUGUGUUGACUAUAAACUUGUAUACUAACAUCACCAAUCUGAGGUAAAAAAUGUGUAAUUUCCCCCGAUUCGGUCAAAACUGUCCACAUCAUGGAAAGUAGCAUAAACUACAUUUAAUUAGAUAUGGCAAAUAAUUAUAUCUUAAUUUAGUAUGAUAGUAAAUGAAGCAAACUCCCAGAUUUGUUCAAUAAUCACACAUUUCUCACCAGUUUAACCAUUUUAGAGAUAAAAAAUAAAUAAAUGCUCUCAUGCACAAUUUAUCCGGGCGCUCUAGAAAGAGCCCCCAUAGUGACUGUGCAGCAGCCAAUUCAUUCGAUUUCCCUAAUCUGAGCGAGCAAAACAGCUCCCUUCUGUCUCAGAAUGUGGAGCCUGAUGCUGUCUGGACAAAAAUAGUGUGGCAUGUCGUACUCUUUUUGACCAGACAGCAUCAGAUACAUGGGCUACAAAUAGUAAAACAGAGGGGCGCUGUUUCGCUCUCUCGGGUGCUUUCUCCGGUGAGAUAGUUUCAGCUACUCUUCGGAUGCUGGAAUUAUUUUGGACGAAUGUGCAAAGGUAACCUGCUUUUUGAAGUGAUUUGUUUGACAAUCCGAUGACAACAUCACGACUGGUUGUUUUCUUGCCACAUUAUAACGUAAUACAUUUUUACAAUUAAAUUACAUGCCUUUACUAUAAAACCCAUUAAAAAAAUGUCAAUGCCCAUCCAACUGAUUAGUUCUGGCACCGGCCCUGCAACUAUCCAACAUCAGAAAGCUGGACAUGUUCAAGCUAGCGUGAUAGCUAGCUUUAUAUCGCGCCAAGUAAUCACUGUUACAUGCACAGUGCACUUUAUUAUUUUGAGGGUCAUGCAACGAUUAAGCUCAUCCCAUGCAUUUGAAUGCCAACCUAGAUAGCUAACUAGCAACUUUCUUUCUAGUUACAUUGAGAUAGUACUAUAUCCAUAGCAAUAGAUAGCUAGCAACUUCAGCUUGUUCUUAACUGGUUAGCUAGCUAGGUUGUAGCUUGUUAGCAAUUUUUCCAUACUUAUCACCUGCACUCAAAAAGAACAACCAGCAUCUUGUCAACCAACACUCACAACUGUGGCUAGCUGUACCUUUUUGCUCAUUAGUUGACUUAGUUAGAACUAUGUAAAACAUUCCUGUAUUAUUAAUCAACAAGUAUCUAUUUUGUUAUUUUUCUCUAACAGAAAGGAGAAGAUGAGUUUGGCAAAGUGGAUGCCAUGGUGGUCUCUGUUGGGGUGGACGAGGAGAUUGUGUACGCCAAAUCCACUGCCCUGCAGGUAAAACUCAUGGACCUUACCCCUAUCCAGGAGUUGUUCCUGACUGUGUGAGCUGAUCAGGGAAAACUCUGGACCCCCAGUUGUAGGCUGUAGCUGGGGCCUGGAGUCAUUUGGGUCAGGUCGGGAAAAUCUGUCUCCUUGAUAACUUGUUGCACAUAACAUCUGUCUGACUUCAAAUCCUGUGUGUGCGUGUGCUCGCACACGUUUACGUGUGUGUUAUGGCUUCUGUAAUGAAGAAACAUAGCUGGUUUACACUCCAGCAUAGGGCUGGGCAAUAUAUAGAAUUCGAUUAAUUGUAAUUUAUGUUUUUUGCGCCAAUAUUUUCGUUUUAAUUAGCGUUUAUUUACUCUUGUUCUCAUGUUGUCUUUUUGGUCUCAUCUCCUUCACUCCUUCUGUGCUGUUUGCACCUUCCCAUUUACACCAGAUAUCUGUAUAUAAUGAGAUGCUCAUGUCUCCGCCCUAACAAAGGGAGCCGUUGUCCCAAAGGCGGGAAGGCAGGCGACAAGCUUAGGUCCAAAAUAAACCCAUUAAUGCAUAGGGCUUAUUUUUGACAGAUUUUGGCCAGAGUGAAACCUCUCGCUUCGCCUCUUCCUCUCUGUUUACACACACACACCAAGCCUCUCCCCUGCCACUCACAACAACAAAGAUGGAGAGAUGACUUCUUCCUCUCUGACAAGCGCUCUCAACUCAACAUUUACAUUUGAGGUUUAGUCCAACAGAAUCGGUCAUAUUGACACCGAAACACAUUGAGACACAAUUUUACUGUAAUAGAGAAGUUAAACUUCUCUAUUACAAAGUGGCAUCUCUAACCCCACGCUUCAGCACUUCUCUAACCCCACGCUGAGCCUUUGUAAUUCGAAGGUUAGCAAUGCUAACAAGUACAUGUAAAAUCCCAUAGAGAAUGCUAACUAAAUGCUAACGAUGUGAACAUUUUCUGCAUUAUCUGACCUAAAGUGUUUGCAGGACAGACAUCCCAGCUCAUAAAGUUAUACAAGUAAUGCUACUCACAGUUUGCUGCAUGCACAAAACGAAUAUUAGACAGUAAGGCUCUUGAUUUAGUAGGGGAUUCUCUGCUGUUACCAAGCGACGCUUGAUUUUGGAAGAAGCAAACCACUUAGCUAGAUAGCUAACUAGCUACUAAAUUAGCAAACUAAAUGCACAACUGCAGAGCAUUUAGCACAUUUUAGACAUUUAACGUAAUAGUUAUAAGCUAUCUAGCUGGCAAGCAGUUAUUUGUGAAUUUCAUACUGUAACUAGAUCACAUGGCACGUGCUACACAACAGUGAGUGACUCACAAGGCUCCGGUCUCUUGUUGUUGUGUGCUUGUAAACAAACACCACGUGACUGGAGAUUACCGGUAAGCUUCAUAAUGAAAAAUUAUGUGACAGGUGAAAUGAAGAAUGUGAUUUUCUUUAUCUCCUAACAUAUUGCACAAGUUGACUGCAGGUAUUUACUUAAGAAGUAGCAACAAAUAUUCACAUUUUAUAAAAUAAACUCAAAGAAAUAGUUUCAACGGUAUUGAAAAACCAUCCGGUGGCUAUUUCCAAAUACCCCCGGUAUACGGUAUACCGCCCAAGCCUAAUCUGAACAAAGUGGACAGGCUAGCAUGCUGUUCAAACAGUUGGAGACAGACAGAAGGGUGUGUUCAUAACAAUUCAACACUUCUGCCUUGUUAGCUAGCAAAUAGAUCCAAGUUGGCUAAGCUUGAAAUAUAAAGAUUAGCUGGCUACUCACUAGCAUGUGGGAUUGUGCUUACAUUUGACAUUUUAAUAUUUUAGUCAUUUAGCAGACACACUUAUCCAGAGCGACUUACAGGAGCAAUUAGGGUUAAGUGCCUUGCUCAAGGGCACAUCGACAGAUUUUUCACCUAGUCGGCUCCGCGUUUUGAGUCAGCAACCUUUCGGUUACUGGCCCAACGGUCUUAACCUCUAGGCUACCUGUUUAUGAGACCUGUGUUAAUUUUCUAAAAUGCCUGCUAUAAGAAGUUAGUCAUUAUUAGUGAAUGUGCAUUAUGCAUGGUUCUGGUUAAAUUUGAACAAAAAGGGCAUUUUCAUAGACAGACUUGAAUGCCAAAUCAUUGAUUAUUGCAAAAAAAUAGCUGGUUAAACGAUUUUGAUAAAAGAAUAACAUUAUUGGUGGGUCUUAUGGUGUGGAAGGCUUAUAUUUAGCCUAGGUAUAUUCCCAAGUCCUCAGUUUAUUUGAUUAUUGCUGACUGUUUGAAAUGCAGUGUAUUUGACCUUUAAUUGUACAACAAAGCUCAUUUAGAGAAACAUAAAAAAAUAUAUUGUGAAUCACCCAUAAGUUUGAAAAAAUCUAUAUAUGAUUUUUAGGCCAUAUCGCCCAGCCCUACUCCAGCAUAAGCAACAGUUUUAGAGAAUAACAUGUAUGCUCGUCCUCUCCUCCUCCUCUUUUCUCAAGACAUGGCUGUUUGGCUAUGAGCUAACCGACACCAUCAUGGUGUUCUGUGAGUCUAAGAUCAUCUUCCUGGCCAGCAAGAAGAAGGUGGAGUUUCUUAAACAGGUGGUAGUCACCAAGGGCAACGAGAACGCCAACGGGGUUCCACCAAUCACACUGCUCGUCAGGGAAAAGGUAAGCACUGCUUGGUAGACUCGGGAUGGUCUAACACUGAUUGGCUUUCAGUGUUGAUGCAUCUUUUCCCAACAUGCCUGUCCUUUGUAAUGUGUGACAUCAAGUCUGUGUGAUUGUUCAAGUCUCAUAGCCAUUUGUAAUUGCAAAGUUGUGUGAGAGAGAGACUGUGUGAGCGCAUGUUUGUGAGCGCGUGUGGGCGUUUGUGUUUUUGCGUGAGGGGAAAGCGUGUGUGUGUGAGAGUGUGUGCGUAUGCUCACUCGCAUGAAUGUGUUUAAGCUAGUUGGUAACACUCAAACCUCUCUCUCUCCCUCCCUCCUCCCCUCAGAAUGAGAGCAACAAGGCUAACUUUGAGAAGAUGAUGGAGGCGAUCAGGGCCAGUAAGGAGGGCAAGACUGUAGGUGUGUUCAGCAAGGACAAGUUCCCCGGAGAGUACAUGAAGAGCUGGAAUGACAUGAUCACUGCUGAGGGCCUGGAGAAGGUGAGAGGAAGGAAGGAUGUUGUAGGUGAGAUGGGGUGUGUGUGUUAGCAGGUUGAAAAUCCAACCCAGGGAUAUGUCUGUGAUGUGCUUGUAUGCGUAUAAUGUACAAGUAGCUACUCAUUGGUUUGUGGAUCCUCAUUUGGUUUAACUCCUUCCUCCCCCUCUUUUUCAGGUGGACAUCAGUGCGGUAGUGGCCUACACCAUGGCUGUGAAGGAGGAUGGGGAGCUGGCUUUGAUGAAGAAAGCUGCAGCCGUCACCAGCGAGGUCUACUCCAAGUUCUUCAAGGAGAGGGUCAUGGAGAUCGUAGACGCAGAUGAGGUAAGGAAGGACACAGAGAAGAUCUAGGUCCUGUUUGAGUACUUUUAAAAUCCUUCCUUUCUUCUUCCCUUUCUCCCUACCUUUCUCCCUUGGAGAAAUCACUGACCCAACACCGGCUUUCACCAAUCGAGUCAUGUCAGAUCAGUGAUAUCUUUCAAGUUAGGAAGAAAGGAUGCAUUUUCAAAGUAUUGGAACCGGGCUAGACUGGCCUGAAAGAACAUCAUACAGCAAACAUAGAUGUAAGCUUAACGGUUUACGUCCAAAUAGUUUUGAAUCCAUUCCAUUCCUUUCCUUUCUUAACAUUGUGUCCCUAUCUGUCUGCCCAAACAGAAGGUGCGCCACAGUAAGCUGGCUGAGUCUGUGGAGAAGGCCAUUGAGGAGAAGAAGUACCUUGGGGGAGCAGACCCCUCCACUGUGGAGAUGUGCUACCCCCCCAUUAUACAGAGCGGGGGCAACUACAGCCUCAAGUUCAGCGUCGUCAGGUAACAGCCGUUUCCAUGGCGAUAUCUAUAGCGAACGACGGUUUCCACGGGGUUGCCUUUUUUCCUACGGUCAAUCGGCAGUUUACUGCUUAACUGGCUUGUGACUGCAAAGUCGUCAAUCUUUAAUUUGAUCCCCUUUUCUUGACCAGAAAGACACAGUUCCUUGUGUAUCAAAUUGUACAGUACCUGUCACAGCAGACUCCUUUAUAAAGCAUUAUAACCUCUAUAAACCCAUCUGUUAUAACUCCCUGUGACAGUGACAAGAACCACAUGCACUUUGGGGCCAUCACAUGUGCCAUGGGGAUCCGCUACAAGUCCUACUGCUCCAACCUGGUGCGGACCCUGAUGGUGGACCCGCCACAGGAGAUGCAGGAUAACUACAGCUUCCUGCUACAGGUGGAGGAGGAGCUGCUCAAAGAGCUCAAACAUGGUGAGUGAAGGAUGGCGGGAGAGUGUUUGUGUGUGUGAGUGAGAAAGAGAGGGGGAGAUGCAGGACAUCAGCUGGAGCUGCUCAAACCCCUUGAGGGAUGGAGGGAGUGAGGGUUGGGGUGAGAGGGAGUGUGUUUGUGGGAUAGAGUACACAUGGUUGCCGUAACCGAACCUUUUUCUUUAUUCUUACCUUGUUCUUUAUAGGUGUAAAGAUCUGUGACGCGUACAAUGCAGUGCUGAACUACGUUAAGAAGGAGAAACCAGAGCUAGCAGCCAAACUCACCAAGAACCUAGGGUAAGACACAUGCAACACACACGCACGUUCUUUCUCGCACGCUCUCUCGCUCUCCGUCUCUCUCUCUCUCUCACACACAUGCACACAAACACACGUUCUUAACUUCUCACACAGGCUCCCCAUAUGUUGACUAUUGUGCGCCCCCUCUCUCUCCCUGUUGUAGGUUUGCCAUGGGGAUAGAGUUCAGAGAGGGCUCUCUGGUCCUGAACAGCAAGAACCAGUACAAACUGAAGAAAGGUGAGAAUUCAAGUCCCUGUACUGUCUUACUGAGUCUUGUCAGUUACUUUGUAGACAUGGUAUUGUCAGUUACUUUGUAGACAUGGUAUUGUCAGUUACUUUGUAGACAUGGUAUUGUCAGUUACUUUGUAGACAUGGUAUUGUCAGUUACUUUGUAGACAUGGUAUUGUCAGUAGACAUGGUAUUGUCAGUUACUUUGUAGACAUGGUAUUGUCAGUUACUUUGUAGACAUGGUAUUGUCAGUUACUUUGUAGACAUGGUAUUGUCAGUUACUUUGUAGACAUGGUAUUGUCAGUUACUUUGUAGACAUGGUAUUGUCAGUUACUUUGUAGACAUGGUAUUGUCAGUUACUUCGUAGACAUGGUAUUGUCAGUUACUUCGUAGACAUGGUAUUGUCAGUUACUUCGUAGACAUGGUAUUGUCAGUUACUUCGUAGACAUGGUAUUGUCAGUGUGUCUUAGACAAAGGCAAUUUUAAGUAGUGUGUAGAGCGGACGCUUUCAUAACUGUGUGUUGCGUGUGUGUGUUUCAGGUAUGGUACUGAGCAUCAGCCUGGGUUUCGCUGACCUGGUGAAUAAGGAGGGGAAGAAGGAGGAGCAGAAGAAAUACGCCCUGUUCAUAGGAGACUCUGUACAGAUCAACGAGGUAGGAGGGAGGGAGGGAUGGGGGGGAACAGAUUAAAUACGCCCUGGUCAUAGGAGACUUGGUGAAGAUCGAGGUAGGAGAGGGGGAUAAGGGAGGGAUGGGAUGGACGAAUGAGAGGGAAAAUGAACAGAAUUAUGCCCUGUACACUUUGUACAGCUCAACAAAGUGGGGGCGGGCACACACGUUUGUUUUACUAUACUUGUAAGGACUAUUUGUGGACCAACAAUUGAUUCCAAUUCAAAAUCCUAUUUUCCCUAAACCUCAAUCCCUAACCCCUAAUCCUAAAAUAGCCAUUUUUUUUUGUGAGGACCGGCAACAUGUCCUCACUUGUCAUAGUUUUCCUUGGUUUACUAUUCUUGUGUGGACUUUUGGUACUCAUAAGUAUAGUAAAACCGGUACACACCCACUUUAUUUUAUUUUUACAAAGUCUUACAGCGAGUCAAACGUAUAGUUCUGUUAAUAUAAAUUUUGAUAUCUGAUAUUAGCACAUUGACAGUUGUAAAGAAACACUCAACAUUCAGUGUGUGUGCAUUAAAAUGUCUGCGUAUCUGUGCAUCUCUUGUAGGAUGAUCCAGCCACAGUUCUCACGCCGGUCAAGAAGAAGUUAAAGAACGUUGGAAUCUUCCUAAAGGUAUGAAAGGUGACCACCGUCUCUCUCGGAUUCUUGUUUCACACUGUCCCUCAAUAAAUAGAAAUUGUAAUAAAAAAAUAAUAAUAUUUGUUUGUUCUCGUCAGAACGAUGAGGAAGAUGAUGAGGAGGAAGAUGCAGACGAUGCAGAGGAGUUACUGGGGAAGGGAGCGCGUGGACAAGCUUUACUUCAGGACAGGACUAGGGUGAGUGCGUGUUCGUGCUAAAAUAUAUAUAUAAAAAUCCUAUUUCUAUUUUAGCCCCCUUUUUCUCCCCAAUUUCGUGGUAUCCAAUUGGUAGUUAGUCUUGUCCCAUCGCUGCAACUCCCGUACGGACACGGGAGAGGCGACGGUCGAGAGUCGUGCGUCCUCCGAAACACAACCCAACCAAGCCGCACUGCUUCUUGACACAGUGCCCGCUUAACCCGGAAGCCAGCCGCACCAAUGUGUCGGAGGAAACACCGUACACCUGGCGACCGAGUCAGCAUGCACUGCGCCCGGACCGCCACAGAAGUCGCUAGUGCACGAUGGGACAAGAACAUCCCUGCCUGCCAAACCCUCCCCUACCCUGGACGGCGCUGGGCCAAGUGUGCGUUGCCCCAUGGGUCUCCCGGUCGCGGCCAGCUACGACAGAGCCUGGACUCGAACCAGGAUCUCUAGUGGCACAGCAAUGCAGAGCCUUAGACCACUGCGCCACUCGGGAGGCUGUGUCUGUGUGUUCUUGAGAGAAAUUCACUAUACUUAAACUAUCUGUGUGUAUGAGAUAAACGCUGUUGUUUGAUUGGUCAGACUGUGAGGAACACUGUUAUUUGAUUGGUCAGAACGAGAUGACGGCAGAGGAGAAGAGGCGGGCUCACCAGAAGGAGCUGGCAAAUCAGGUGAACGAGGAGGCCAAGCGACGUCUGACGGAACAGAAAGGAGAGCAACAGGUCCAGAAGUGAGUGAACGAGGAAAAAGAGGAGUGGAAGGAGGAGUAGUGGAGGUGAUGGAAUGAUGUUUGGAAGGAGGGAGAUGGGAGGAUGCUGGUUAGAGUUCAUAAAGGAGUGGAUGAGGAGAGGUUGUAUAAUGUGCAUAAUUGGGGAGAGAUGGAAGAAUGGGGAUGGGAAUUAUGUUAUGAGGAUAUAUAUAGUAUUAUGUCCUCUGGUGGUCCUCUGUAGCUCAAUUGGUAGAGCAUGGCGCUUGUAACGCCAGGGUAGUGGGUUUGAUCCCCGGGACCACCCAUACGUAAAAAUGUAUGCACGCAUAACUGUAAGUCGCUUUGGAUAAAAGCGUCUGCUAAAUGGCUUAUUAUUAUUAUUAUUAUUAUUAUUAUGAUGUCUAAAUGGCCUAUUGUAGAAAACUGGAAACUACACCUUUUCUGAAGAAAAUCUGUGUGCGUGCUUCAGCUGUCUAAAAGCAUUUUUUAUUAAUGAUUUACAUUAUUCAAUAAUCAAUGAUAUCACUUUCUCCCUAUGUUUAUGUAAAUGCACUUUCCAAAAAUGUCUGCCUGUACCAAUUAAUUGAAUGAUUAUUGAAGUAUUUCUCUGUGUCUUCAUCCUCUAGGUCCAGAAAGUCCAAUGUCUCCUACAAGAACGGCUCUCAGAUGCCUCGAGAGAAAGACAUUCGAGACAUGAAGAUCUUCAUCGAUAAGAAAUACGAGACGGUCGUCAUGCCUGUCUUCGGCAUCGCCACCCCUUUCCAUAUCGCUACCAUCAAGGUACCUGACACACACACACACACACACACACACACACACACACACAGUAUCGUACACUAACCCAUUCACAAAAUGUAUAUUUGGAUUUCUGUGACCUCUUUUCACACACAAUCGCACAAUUCGACCGAAUUUGCAUUGUAGAAUAAUAGUGAAGAUAUUAAAACUAUGAAAUAACACAUAUGGAAUCAGGUAGUAACCAAAAAAGUGUUAAACAAAUCAAUAUGUAUUUUAAAUUUGAGAUUCUUCAAAUAGCCACCCUUUGCCUUGAUGACAGCUUUGCACACGCUUGGCAUUCUCUCAACUAGCUUCACCUGGAAUGCUUUUCCAACAGUCUUGAAGGAGUUCCCGCAUAUGCUGAGCACUUGUUGGCUGCUUUUCCUUCACUCUGCCGUCAGACUCAUCCCAAACCAUCACAAUUGGGUUGAGGUUGAGGGAUUGUGGAGGCCAGGUCAUCUGAUGCAGCACUCCAUCACUCUCCUUCUUGGUCAAAUAGCCCUUACACAGCCUGGAGGUGUGUUGGGUCAUUGUCCUGUUGAAAAACAAAUGGUAGUCCCACUAAGCCCAAACCAGAUGAGAUGGCGUAUCGCUGCAAAAUGCUGCGGUAGCCAUGCUGGUUAAGUGUGCCUUGAAUUCUAAAUAAAUCACAGACAGUCAAAGCACCCCCACACCAUAACAUCUCCUCCAUGCUUUACGGUGGGAACUACACAUGCAGAGAUCGCGUCUCACAAAGACACAGCGGUUGGAACCAAAAAUCUCCAAUUUGGACUCCAGACCAAAGGACAAAUGUCCACUGGUCUAAUGUCCAUUGCUCGUGUUUCUUGGCCCAAGCAGGUCUCUUCUUCUUAUUGGUGUCCUUUAGUAGUGGUUUCUUUGCAGCAAUUCGACCAUGAAGGCCUGAUUCACACAGUCCCCUCUGAACAGUUGAUGUUGAGAUGGGUCUGUGACUUCUUGAAAUGUUCCGGAUUGACUGAUCUUCAUGUCUUACAGUAAUGAUGGACUGUCGUUUCUCUUUGAUUAUUUGAGCUGUUCUUGCCAUAAUAUGGACUUGGUCUUUUACCAAAUAGGGCUAUCUUCUGUAUACCCCCCCUACCUUCUUACAACACAACUGAUUGGCUCAAACGCAUUAAGGAAAGAAAUUCCACAAAUUAACUUUUAAGAAGGCACAACUGUUAAUUGAAAUGUAUUCCAGGUGACUACCUCAUGAAGCUGGUUGAGAGAAUACCAAGGGUGUGCAAAGCUGUCAUCAAGGCAAAGGGUGGCUAUUUGGAGAAUCUCAAAUAUAAAAUAUAUUUUUAUUUGUUUAACACCUUUUUGGUUACUACAUGAUUCCAUAUGUGUUAUUUCAUAGUUUUGAUGUCUUCACUAUUAUUCUACAAUAUAAAAAAUAGUAAAAAUAAAGAAAAACCCUUGAAUGAGUAGGUGUGUCUAAAGUUUUGACUGGUAGUGUAUCUGAGGAAAAACUUGGCAUUUCUGUGUCCCUCUCACCAUGUUUCUGUCUAUCCGUGUGUGUGUGUGUGUGUAGAACAUCAGUUCGUCGGUGGAAGGAGACUGGACCUACCUGAGGAUAAACUUCUAUGUUCCCGGCAGCUCUCUGGGACGCAACGAGGGCAACAUCUUCCCCAACCCUGAUGCCACCUUCGUUAAAGAAAUGUAAGGGGAAAUUAAACGUGCGUGUGUGCGCCCAUUUGCCUGUAGGUUUCACUGUUGUCAAAUAUAAAGCAGGUGGUCGGGUAGGUGUGUGUGUGUGAUGUAUUCAUCUUUGUGUCCAACUGCUGCUUUAUCUGACCAUUUUGCUCUCUCUCUUUCUCUCUCAAACCCCCCCCCCCCCCCCCCCCCCAGUACGUACCGGGCGUCGAACCUCAAGGCGCCGGGCGACCCAACGGUCCCGUCCACCAACCUCCAGAAUGCCUUCCGCAUCAUCAAGGAGGUGCAGAAGCGCUACAAGACCCGGGAGGCUGAGGAGAAGGAGAAGGAGGGCAUCGUCAAGCAGGACUCGCUGGUCAUCAACCUGAACCGCUCCAACCCCAAACUCAAAGACCUCUACAUCAGGCCCAACAUCGCCCAGAAGAGGAUGCAGGGGUCGCUGGAGGCCCAUACCAAUGGUGAGGAGAGGGGGGGGGAUGGAGCUGAGUUGAAAUUACAAUGUAAUUGUGAGUCCUGCCAAGAGACUUUGGGCAAGAGUCUAUUUACAGUGCAUUCGGGAAAGUAUUCAGACCACUUGACCUUUUCCACAUUUUGUUAUGUUACAGCCUUAUUCUAAAAUUGAUUACAUGUUUAUUUUUUUCCUCAUUAAUCUACACACAAUACCCCAUAAUGACAAAGCAAAAACAGGUUUCACAUUUACAUACAGUACCAGUCAAAAGUUUGGACACACCUACUCAUUCAAGGGUUUUUCUUUAUUUAUAUUAUUUUCUACAUUGUAGAAUAAUAGUGAUGACAUCAAAACUAUGAAAUACCACAUAUGGAAUCUUGUAGUAACCAAAAAAGUGUUAAACAAAUCUAAAUAUAUUUUAUAUUUGAGAUUCUUCAAAGUAGCCACCCUUUGCCUUGAUGACAGCUUUGCAUACUCUUGGCAUUCUCAAGCAGCUUCACCUGGAAUGCUUUUCCAGCAGUCUUAAAGGAGUUCCCACAUAUGCUGAGCACUUGUUGGCUGCUUUUCCUUCACUCUGCGGUCAAACUCAACCCAAACCAUCUCAAUUGGGUUGAGGUCGGGGGAUUGUGGAGGCCAGGUCAUCUGAUGCAAAACUCCAUCACUCCUCUUCUUGGUCAAAUAGCCCUUAAACAGCCUGGAGGUGUGUUGGGUCAUUGUCCUGUUGAAAAACAAAUGAUUGUCCCACUAAGCCCAAACCAGAUGGGAUGGCGUGUCGCUGCAGAAUGCUGUGGUAGCCAUGCUGGUUAAGUGUGCCUUGAAUUCUGAAUAAAUCACAGACUGUGUCACCAGCAAAGCACCAUCACACCUCCUCCUCCAUGCUUCACGGUGGGAACUACACAUGCGGAGAUCAUCCGUUCACCUACGCUGCGUCUCACAAAGACACAGCGGUUGGAACCAAAAAUCUCAAAUUUGGACUCCAGACCAAAGGACUGAUUUCCACCGGUCUAAUGUCCAUUGCUUGUGUUUCUUGGCCCAAGCAUGUCUCUUCUUCUUAUUGGUGUCCUUUAGUAGUGGUUUCUUUUCAGCAAUUCGACCAUGAAGGCCUGAUUCACACAGACUCCUUUGAACAGUUGAUGUUGAGAUGUGUCUGUUACUUGAACUCUGUGAAGCACUUAUUUGGCCUGCGAUUUCUGAGGCUGGUAACUCUGAUGAACUUAUCCUCUGCAGCAGAGGAAACUCUGGGUCUUCCUUUCCGGUGGCUGUCCUCAUGAGAGCCAGUUUCAUCAUAGCGCUUGAUUAGUUUUUGCGAAUGCACUUGAAGAAACAUUCAACGUUUUUCACAUUUUCCGGAUUGGCUGACCUUCAUGUCUUAAAGUAAUGAUGGACUGUCGUUUCUCUUUGAAUAUUUUGAGCUGUUCUUUACAUAAUAUGGACUUGGUCCAUAUUACCCCCCCUACCUUGUCACAGCACAACUGAUUGGCUCAAACGCAUUAAGGAGGAAAUAAAUUCCACAAAUUAACUUUUAACAAGGCACAUCUGUUAAUUGAAAUGCAUUCCAGGUGACUACCUCAUGAAUCUGGUUGAGAGAAUGCCAAGAGUGUGGAAAGCUGUCAUCAAGGCAAAGGGUGGCUACUUUGAAGAAUCUAAAAUAAAAUCUAUUUUGAUUUUCUUAACACUUUAUUUUGUUACUACAUGAUUCCAUAUGUGUUAUUUCAUAGUUUUGAUCUCUUCACUAUUAUUCUACAAUGUAGAAAAUAGUAAAAAUAAGUGAUGUAGUGUAUCCAAACUUUUGACUAGUACUGUAAGUAUUCAGGCCCUUUACUCAGUACUUUGUUGAAGCACCUUUGGCAGCGAUUACAGCCUUGAGUCUUCUUGUGUAUGACGCUACAAGCUUGGCACACCUGUAUUUGGGGAGUUUGUCCCAUUCCUCUCUGCAGAUCCUCUUAAACUCUGUCAGAUUGGAUAGGGAGUGUUGCUGCACUGGUCAUUAUGAAUUCAAGUUGAAACCUUUUCAAACUAACUUCUUCAAGCAUUAACCAGACAGUCUGUAUGUUUGUCAGUUCACCAUGUAACAAUUCACUGCUUCCGUCUUCACAAGUUCCGUGCCAGGAACACCAGCCUAUUGACCGUUUCUGGCUUCCAAGUUGCCCUGUGGCAUGUGACCACAUUGCCCUCAGUGCUAAAUGCUCUCUCAGAGGGCGAACUUGUGGCAGGGAUGCAUAAGUAUUUAUUUGUCAGACAACUCACUUGUGGGAAGUUGGAUGCGUGAACUCGCCACCACUCCAAAGGAUCAGCCUCACUGUCUGCUGCCAUCCUCAGAGUGUAGCUGUCCAGCUCUUGCUCGAUGACCUGUCUCUGGGUUCUUAAGGCAGGUGCACUACUGGUUUUCUUAAAGAUGCUCCCAAGGCUCUUCUUGGACUUCGUUGCUGAUUGUGGAGCAGUGGCAGCUUCUUGCUCUCCCUCACUCUGGCCCUCUUCAAGAGAGAAGUCUCCCAUGGCUGUGUUCCCUACCAGGAGGGCUUCUGUCAUGGAGGCAACUCUCACCUUCACCUCCACCAGCUUCUUAGUGGUCAUGUAGGUGGUCUUGAACCUUGGGUCCAGAAAGGUAGCCAUGGUGAGCAGCUCAUCAGCGUCUUGCCAGGAGAGUGCAAGGUGCCAUGUUUUUCUGUCUGCUGCCAGGACUUGUGUGAUGGCCUUUUCCUGCUCCAGGACUCUUUCCAUCAUCUGCAGUCGAGAUCCCCACCUUGUCAGGGAUUCCAUGAUGAGCUUGUGGAGGGGCAGGCUCAGUUUAUCCUGUGCACUUGUCAGGGCCUUCUGCUUCUUCCAACUAUAGGAAAGUGUGCUGACCACUUUCUUGCACACUCCUAUGGCCCGGGAAACCCGAGGUUCGUUUUGGACUCUCUUCUCUGAAAAAUAAAAAGGUGAAAAAUAAUUAACAUAUGAAUCACAAUUAUUCAAUAGAAAUAACAUUGCAUCUGCUGAAAUUACAACAAUUUACAGCAUGGACACUGGACAUGAUUACAAAUUAAAUCCAUCUAUAGAUUUACAUACAACUGUUGUGAUUAAGAGAGCUGUGUUGCUUUAGAAAACGGGAUCAUUUAUUGAGUAGGCUAUUUAUUAUUGGAAGAGAGAGGAUAGAUUCAUAUAUUGAAACCAUAGGCUAAUGUAUCAAUUAUAAAUCAAAGCAAUGUAAUCCAUAUAAUGUUUGGAUAUUGCACAAAUUUACAAAUAUUAUAGAUUUGCAUAGCUGUAUAUAUUCGGCUUAACGUAUAAGAAUGAUCAGGCAGUGUAGUCAGCUAUAACUUUAAACAGGAGAUAAGGAAUACAAUAGUUAUUCUGCAUUUUAAGUUGUUUUAAGUUAUGUUAUUUUUCUACCAAGCUCUAUUUGUUUUGGACGUUGGAACUUACCAAUAGCAAUGUGUAGCCUAUGUCCGAAACACCCUAGUCUUGUCCAUUUGUUCAGCUCCAAUGCUUUGACCAUGUUCGAUCCGCUGUCGGUAGUCAUACAUACUUGACGCGACUCUUUCAAGCCCCAGGAUGAAAGUGGCUCCCUCAGCCCAGCUGCAAUUAUUUAUCUGGUGUGGUCGUCUGGGAAAUAAGAGGUCUGAAGGCAUUUGCUUUGCAGCUUCCAGUUGUCGUCAAUGUAAUGAAUCGGGAGGCUAAUGUAUGGCUCUGUGGUCCGGCUUGACCAUAAGUCGGCAGUGGUGGAGAAGAAUGCAGCGUUACGGAUUUCGUUGGCAACUCUGUCCCGACAUUCUGUGUAGAGUUCUGGCAGACAUGUUUUGCUGAAGGAUUUACGGCUCGGGAUCUCGUAUCUUGGGUCUAGAGUUCGAAUCAACUUUCUGAAACAGUCUUUCUCCACAGUUUGAAUUGGUUCCAUGUCUUUCACUAUGUGAUACGUAAUUGCACUCAUUAUCAUUCUACUUCUUGCUCUUGUACCACAAACGAAUGAUGCCUUGAGUGAUAGUUGAGUGCGGGCAGGGCCAGCCCUGGACGGUCUGCAGCCCUAGGCAAGACAAAAAAACGGUUGCCCCCCUCCUAUCCCAGCUAAACUAUGUACAGCAGGUGUCCACAAUAGGUUUGGCCUUGGGCCAAUUUUUUUAUCCGCUAAAAAUCGGAGGAACAGAACAUAAUAGCAGCCCAAUCCAUAUGCCUAUGCUACAAAUAAAAAAGGAAAAAGUUACACAUCUGGUUAGAAGGCUAUAUAAUCAGGACAAUGUCAAUAACAUAGCCUAAUAUUUUCUAUCUGAUUUAAUUGAUAAAAUCACCAAUGUCUCUAUUAAAUUCGUUUUUUUAUAGUUCUGUGUGCGUUGAUUGGGGAAAAACAUCUUGCAAUCAAAAGAAAAUGUUGGGCUGAAAAAGUCUCAAAAGAAUGGUGGAUAAUGAAAUAGAAGUUUCAGGGAAGAAUGGACAGAGAAAUAGACCUUCUUGCCAUAUUUCUCCAAUGUCAAACCAGUGUCUUGUUUGCAAAUAAUUAAAUCUUAGCCAUCCUUAUGAAUCAAAGCAUGGCACUUUCAAAAGUUACCUUUCCACCCAGACAGACGCUCUACCGAAGCAGAAAAAUGUAAGCUUCAACUGCUGGCUAUUUUGCAUAACCCAACAACAGAAGUGCUUCCCUAAAAGAUAUCUGGGUUUAAACAAACAUCUUCUCUUUUCAGAAAGUGAAAAGCUCAAUUAAUAGGGACAGAAUAGCAAAGUAAAUUAGUUUGUCUCCUUGAAUAUUAUAGGCUGCAGCUCAGCUUCAGAAUGUCAUAGAUAGGAAUCUUUCACGUGCAUUUUAAAGCUUGUUUCUACCAUAAGGCAUCAUGGAGUUAAGCAUUGUUAUAGAAUGCUUUAUAUAAUCUGGAUACUUUUUAUGUAUUUAUUUCAAAAUAUAAAUAUAAAGCCCUUUUCUUUAACAAAGGGUAUGGGAUACCCUCACUCAAUCCGAGCCCAAACACACCAAGCCCUUCCCAGACACUGAGGUAUUUAAGGAGUGCAUGCGACAGUAUUGGAGGAUUUGGCUAUACCGACAUCUAUGGAUAGCAUAAUUGUGUUUGUCAAACAGGUAGGCCUACCACGUUUUGGAAUAGGAAGAAAUAGGCUCCAAUUCUAUACAGUGCCUUACAAAAGUAUUCAUUCCCCUUGGCGUUUUUCCUAUUUUGUUGCAUCACAACCUGUAAUUUAAAUGGGUUUUUAUUUGGAUUUCAUGUAAUGGACAAAAUAGUCCAAAUUGGUGAAGUGAAAUGAAAACGAUAACUAGUUUCAAAAAAUUAUUCAAAAAUAAAUAACGGAAAAGUGGGGCGUGCAUAUGUAUUCAUCCCCUUUGCUAUGAAGCCUCUAAAUAAGAUCUAGUGCAACCAAUUACCUUCAGAAGUCACAUAAUUAGUUAAAUAAAGUCCACCUGUGUGCAAUCAAUGUCACAUGAUCUCAGUAUAUAUACACCUGUUCUGAAAGGCCCCAGAGUCUGCAACACCACUAAGCAAGGGGCACCACCAAGCAAGUGGCACCAUGAAGACCAAGGAGCUGUCCAAACAGGUCAGGGACAAAGUUGUGGAGAAGUACAGAUCAGAGUUGGGUUAUAAAAAAAAUCUGAAACUUUGAACAUCCCACAGAGCACCAUUUAAAUCCAUUAUUAAAACGUUGAAAGAAUAUGGCACCACAACAAACCUGCCAAGAGAGGGCCGCCCACCAAAACUCACGAACCAGGCAAGGAGGGCAUUAAUCAGAGGCAACAAAGAGACCAAAGAUAACCCUGAAGGAGCUGCAAAGCUCCACAGCGGAGAUUGGAGUAUCUGUCCAUAGGACCACUUUAAGCUGUACACUCCACAGAGCUGGGCUUUACGGAAGAGUGGCCAGAAAAAAGCCAUUGCUUAAAGAAGAAAAUAAGCAAACAUGUUUGGUGUUCGCCAAAAGGCAUGUGGGAGACUCCCCAAACAUAUAGAAGAAGGUACUCUGGUCAGAUGAGACUAAAAUUGAGCUUUUUGGCCAUCAAGGAAAACGGUAUGUCUGGCGCAAACCCAACACCUCUCAUCACCCCAGGAAAACCAUCCCCACAGUGAAGCAUGGUGGUGGCAGCAUCAUGCUGUGGGGAUGUUUUUCAUCGGCAGGGACUGGGAAACUGGUCAGAAUUGAAGGAAUGAUGGAUGUCGCUAAAUACAGGGAAAUUCUUGAGGUAAACCUGUUUGUCUUCCAGAGAUUUGAGACUGGGACGGAGAUUCACCUUCCAGCAGGACAAUGACCCUAAGCAUACUGCUAAAGCAACACUCGAGUGGUUUAAGGAGAAACAUUUUAAAUGUCUUGGAAUGGCCUAGUCAAAGCCCAGACCUCAAUCCAAUUGAGAAUCUGUGGUAUGACUUAAAGAUUGCUGUACACCAGCGGAACCCAUCCAACUUGAAGGAGCUGGAGCAGUUUUGCCUUGAAGAAUGAGCAAAGAUCAAAGGGGGUGAAUAGUAAUCCACACUCAAUUUAAAAAAAUGUUUGUCUUGUUUGUUUCACCCCAAAAAUUAUUUUGCAUCUUCAAAGUGGUAGGCAUGUUUUGUAAAUCAAAUGAUACAAACCCCCCCCAAAAUCAAUUUUAAUUCCAGGUUGUAAGGCAACAAGGGGGGGUGAAUACUUUUGCAAGCCACUGUAUGCAAGUCUAUGAUUAGGCCCAUAAAACAUUUUGGUUCGCGCGUGCACAUAUAGGAGGUCCCUUACCGGUCAAAAAGGAAAUUUUACUUUAACCCCUGCAUCGGAGAGUUACAAUGUUGCAGUCACUUUCUAGCCAGCUGCCUAUAAUAGUUACUAAUAAUAUGACACCUGUUAUCACACAUUGCACAACUCCACAAUUGUUACAAUAAAAAUAACACUUUUAUUUAACAUAUCAUUUAAUAUUCCUGUAGAACUGUAAAAAGAGUGAGAGAAUUUGAGUUUUGGAAACAAGUGCUUUCAUAAAUGCAUGGCGGGCCUCGUUUCGCUGGAGCAGUGUAAAAUAAGCUUUCUGUCAAUGACCCAGCCUUAACGAAUUUCGUUUAUUUACAUAUCGAAUUUGAUUGUCGAACAUCAGUUUCAGCAUUUCUUCAUUUCGUGGCCCGCCUAGAGUGGCCUCUUUCCUCUGCUGUGGGGCUGCAUUGCAGUCAGUGAUGUUUUCUCUCGGUAGCUGUCCAUGGUUCUGAAAUCAAAUAAUCAGAGAGAGAUUAGGAUGUACUCCAAUGUAUUCUUGCGGACCUUCAAUGCUGCAGACAUUUUUUGGUACCCUUCCCCAGAUCUGUCCCUCGACACAAUCCUGUCUCGGAGCUCUACAGACAAUUCCUUCGACCUCAUGGCUUGGUUUUUGCUCAGACAUGCACUGUCAACUGAGGGACCUUAUAUAGACAGGUGUGUGCCGUUCCAAAUCAUGUCCAAUCAAUUGAAUUUACCACAGGUGGACUCCAAUCAAGUUAUAGAAACAUCUCAAGGAUGAUCAAUGGAAACAGGAUGCACCUGAGCUCAAUUUCAAGUCUCAUAGCAAAGGGUCUGAGUACUUACUAAAUAAGGUAUUUCUGUUUUUUAUUUUUGAUACAUUUGCAAAUGUUUAAUACAUCCACAUUUGCCUGUUUUCGCUCUGUCAUUAUGGGGUAUUGUGUGUAGAUUGAGGAUUUCAAAUGUGGAAAAAGUCAAGAGGUCUGAAUACUUUCCGAACGCACUGUAUAAUUGGAACCCUAGGGCAGAGGAGAGCAGUGGAGGAAAGAAGAGAGGGGAAAGAAACAUGAUGGAGAAUGAGGAAUUGGUUGAGGUUCUUUUCAGUUCCGAUUGUUGCUGUAAAGACUACAAGAAUGUAUUAUCAAUCAACGAACCUGUUAAAUAACAUGUGUAUGUCUGUCCAGGUUUCCGCUUCACGUCCGUCCGCGGGGACAAAGUGGACAUCCUCUACAACAACAUUAAACACUCCCUAUUCCAGCCCUGUGACGGAGAAAUGAUCAUUGUACUGCACUUCCACCUCAAGGUACCUACCCGUGUUGGUGUGUUGUGAUAAACAUAGGCUUAGUACAUGUCUGACCUCGUAUGCAUUUGUAAUCAAGCUGUGGGUAUUUGGGUCUAUGCUUUCGCCUGUGGCACUUGGAGGGGUCUUGAUUUUGGGGUGUGUGUCUGUGUUUGUGCGUCCAUUUUGACUUAUCCCCCUCGUCCUCCUUCAGAACGCCAUCAUGUUUGGUAAGAAGCGUCACACGGAUGUGCAGUUCUACACAGAGGUGGGUGAGAUCACCACAGAUCUGGGCAAGCACCAGCACAUGCACGACCGCGACGACCUGUAUGCCGAGCAGAUGGAGAGGGAGAUGAGACACAAGCUCAAGUCUGCCUUCAAGAACUUCAUCGAGAAGGUGGAGACCCUCACCAAGGAGGAGCUGGAGUUCGAAGUGCCCUUCCGAGACCUCGGGUAAGAGCGAUAGAUGAGAUCGCUACUUGGAAAUAACUCAUUUCUGCAUGGACAAAUUGCCAUUGAGGACUUCCACCAUUUUAAAGUAGUCAACUGGGUGUGACUUCCUAUUGGAGUCAGCCAAUGAAUUGUACUUGUGAGCAAACAUUCCAUGAACUGCAGGUGGCAGUAAAUCGGCAACCUUUGCUUUAUACCUGUUCAAACACACUCCAGGUGGCGGUAUGCACCCUUUCAGUUUGUUUAUCAACGCAUAUAGAAGGAAUAGAAGAAGAAAAUGACUAUUUCAAAAUGGAGAUAGCCUCAAUGGCGCUGCCCAUGCCUUCACAGACGCCAUAAAUGGCCAGAUACAAAGAUCUGUAGUCUAACGAAGUCUAUGGGUAAGAGAGGGAUGGAGGAAAAUGUACGUAAAAUGUAUGCAAGCAUUACUGUAAGUCGCUUUGGAUAAAAGCGUCUGCUAAAUGGCGUUUAUUAAUAUCAUUAUGGAGGUGGGAUGGGAGGGUUGCAGAAAGAGAGGGAGAGUUGGGGGAGUAGAGGGAUAUUGGCAGGGUAGGGCACUUUGAGUAGGUGUGUGUGUGUUAAAGCUAGAAUUCUUUGUUGCUACAUCCAUUUUUGGACUUGGUGAUAUAUACCCAUUGAUUCUUGAAAAAUGUAACUUGUAUAUGCCCCAUCAGAACCCAAAAUAUAAGCUUGUUUUACUCCAGUGUUUGUAAACAAUGUAAACAAACACUGUAUAGCCUCAAAACAUGGUAAAAACAAUCAUUUAGCUCUGUUUAUGAAUUUGAGAGUGGUUACUCUACAUGUCUGCCUGCUGGCCCCACAGGCUUGCCUGGGCAAGAACCAAUGAGGACAGGCAGCUGUAGGCGCAAUGGAUUCUGGUCAUUGUAGUUAAUUACCACAUUUCCUGCACUUAACUAUGAUGAGUUGGAUGACAUGUCCCAGAGAGAAAUCUCUCUAGAGAAACAGCGUGUUGAGCUCAGAAAACUAUACUGAACUAAAUGGAAUUCAAAUACUUGAACCGAUGUCGGUCAAUUAGUUAUUUAAAAACCCCAAAUAAACCGAAAUGUUUGUUAAUAUCUCAGCACUAGUGUUUACAUUUCUCCAGGCCCAUCCCUCAGCUUUUUACCAAAACAGAGGCGGAGUGACCGCUUUGUUAUUGUUUCAAUUGAGGAUUCUAGCUUUAGGGGUGGGAAGCACAGAGUUGGGUGUUCAAGUAAUAAACAGUAUAAAACAAUGUUCAAGUUUGAAGAAUAUCAGACUUGUUGAGGACAUUACUGAAUGCUUGUGUGUGUGUUCAGGUUCCAGGGCGCCCCCUACAGGAGUACCUGCCUACUGCAGCCCACCUCCAGCUCCCUGUGUAACACCACUGAGUGGGUGAGUGACUAUUACUACUACUAAUACUACAGCACAUAUGAAUACUACUACUAAUACUACAGCACAUAUGAAUACUACUACUACUACUACUACUACAGCACAUAUUAAUAUUAUUACUACUACUACAGUACAUAUGAAUACUACUUCUUCACCCUUACUGAUAUAGUCCGCAAUACUGCUUGCAUUCUCCACCAUGUGUUUUAAACAAAGCUAGGCCUAAAGGCAGAUAUUUUACUACAGAUUUAAUAAAAUCCUUAGUAAGUUAAAGUUCAGACUAAAAGAGACAUGCAUUCAGCAGUAUAUAUUCUGCUCUCUUUUCCUCCUGUUUUCCUCCUUUCCGUCUCCAGCCUCCGUUCGUGGUGACUCUGGAUGAGGUCGAGCUGGUUCAUUUUGAGCGUGUUCAGUUCCACCUGAAGAACUUUGACGUGGUGAUCGUCUACAAGGACUACAGCAAGAAGGUUACCAUGAUCAACGCAGUGCCCGUCAACUCACUUGACCCCAUCAAGGAGUGGCUCAAGUAAGUCAAGUGGUUCUGUGUGGCUUAGUUGGUAGUGUGGCACUCGCAAUGCUAGAGCCGUGGGUUUGAUUCCCGCUUGGGUCACCAAUACGAAAAUGUAAGCACAUCAGUAAGACGCUCUGGAUUAAAGUUUCAGCUAAAUGUCAUAAAUCAAUCGAUCUCUUUAUGGACAUAUUAGAAUGGUUUAGUUUCUCAGGAAAGGAAUUCGAUUUUCAAUUGAUGUUUGUGUUUUAGCAGAGGUUUACCAUACCAACUGUUUUUACCCCCCCCCCCCCCCCAACCCACCACCCUUUCUCUCUCCUCCAGUUCCUGUGAUAUCAAGUACACAGAGGGGGUCCAGUCUCUGAACUGGACUAAAAUCAUGAAGACUAUAGUGGACGAUCCAGAGGGCUUCUUUGAACAGGGGGGCUGGUCCUUCUUAGACCCGGAGAGCGAGGUGAGGGGUGUGUGUGAGCGAGCCAGUGUUAAUUUUGACACAUAUUUUAGUCUUAAAAUAUAUUUUGGUCUUAAUAGUCACAUUUUAGUAAUUUCAUCCUUAAUUAGUUUUAGUGAUCAGGCGACAAAAACUCUGGACAAUUCUGGUCUAGUUUUAGUCACAUUUUAGUCAGUGCAACUUUUCCAUUCAAUAAUUAAUAUUUACCUCUUACUUGCAUCAUGUGCACAUUCAAAUAGCCUUGUCCAACUAGGCCCAUUAUCGCCUCAUAUACCUUAGCUGGCAAAAUUGUAACCAAUGCCAGCCAGAAUUAACCAUGUAGGAUAUAAAGCCUAUAGGUUAAACAAUUUAGCUCUGAUUUUCUCUCCAUCAGAACCGCAGGAGGGGGGUAAAUAACAGUGAUUUCCUUGAAAGGGGAGAAUAUGCGCUUUCCAACAAUGCCUGAAGUAUUACUGUACUUUAUUCAGCAAAAUGCAUUUGUUUUUCCAAUCGGAAAAAAGCAACCGCAACACACGUGAAUAACAGCGCACAUAGCAACAUGGAGCUUCUGAUGUGAUCAGAGCAAAAAUGGCCUCUAUGAAAGCAAAUACUUUUAAUAGACAUGAUUGUUUCUAAUUGAGGUUAGUUUGUUACAAUUGCGCAUCAGUUAAAAAGAGAGCCCGAGACGAGUGAUUGAAGUGACCGGGAGCAGUGUGUGUGAGAGAGCCAGGUCAACUCUCAAUCAGCCCACUCAACAGAAAGACGUUAUCGGCCAAUGAGAGGAUUGCAUUAUAUAUUCUACAAAGGGAUGAUGCAUGCUUCUGAUUGGACAAAACAGGAGCUUCAUGUCAAAUUAAAUGUCCAUGGAAUUCUCGUUACAUUUUCAUGUUUAAAAUGAAAAGUAAUUGGUAAUAAUGCGGAGGGUUUUCAGGGCAUCUCAUCUUGUUAUUGUCAUUAGUUUUCAUCAGGGAAAAUAGGUUGUUGGCGAGUAUUUUUUGUCAUAGUUAUUGUUGACGUAAUUAACACUGGUGUGAGCGGAGCAUGUGGGCGUGUGUGUGAUUAGAGCUAUUAAUGCAAGACAGAAAACAUUCAGUGUUAAAAUGAAGACGUUUGACAAACGUCUCUUUCUUCAUCCGUCUCUCUCUUUCAGGGGGAGGGAGCGGAGGAUGACUCUGAGUCGGGGGAAGAUGAGACCUUCAACCCCUCGGCAGACGAGAGUGAGGCAGAGGAGGAAGACAGCGAUGAAGAUUAUGACUCAGAGAGCGAGGACUCUGGUAAUGGUAACGCAUCAUGUUGAGACGCGCGCGCACACACAGACGUUUACUGACACACGCACACACAUCACUUACAUUGACUUACUGUCUGACACGCACAGAACACAUACACAUACAGAGACUUAGUACUGUGUGUGUGUGUGUAUAUUUCAGACUACAGUGCAUCGCUGGGUAGUGAAGAGGAGAGUGGUAAAGACUGGGACGAGUUGGAAGAGGAGGCCAGGAAAGGUGAGUCUACAUUACUACAUGCCCAUUUGAAUGUAAGCAGUCCCCCAAGGAGAAGAAUCAUAGCUUACCAUCCCUGAAGCAAGAGACACCAUCUCUUGCUGGUCCCUGGUAUAGAAAAGGCUGAGAAACACUGGGAAAUAAUACUUUGUUAUCCGAUGUGAAUUGGGAAUAAUUCAUUCAACGACCUAUGACACUUUUUACCUUUUAUAUGUUUGUUAUUGACACUCUUCACAUAAUAAAAAGGGGCUGUGAAAUCGGUUGCAAAUUGUUUGAUAUUGACACGUCAUCUCCCUCUUCCCCUCUCCUCUCCCUCAGCGGACAAAGAGUCUCACUAUGAGGACGCGGAGGAGACCUCGUCGGCCAAUAGGAAGAGGAAGGGCCGCUCGUCAGCCCCGCCCCCCAGCAGCAAGAAGAAACGGCGCCACUGAAUGAUACCAUCACCACCAUCAGACAGUCUCACACACACACACACUGCCAAAACAUUGUCAAUUCGAUCACCCUCUCCUACCGUUCAUCUUCGCUCUGUCACUCCUCUUCAUUUUCUCUCAAACAUAAAUACACACACACACACAGAAAUACAUACACACACAGAAACACACACUAUACAAUGUGUAUAUAGAGGUAGCACCCCCAUGCGUUUGUAUUAGGCAUUGAGUGUCUUGAUUAAAUGGGCAUAUCAUACCUGGCAACCGACAAACUCCAUCCAUCUUUUUUAUUCUGUUCUAUUCCUUCCUUCCUCCUCCCUUUCCUUUGGCAACUCACUCCCCUGUUUUCAGGGGCCAG